AUGCAUGAAGAAUACGCUCUAUUCAAAAUCCUGGUUGUAGGAAGCAGCGGGGUCGGCAAGACUUGUCUUCUUCUCCGGUACACAGACAGCAUCUACAAAGAGACAUACGGAACUACGAUAGGGGUGGACUUCAAAAUGAAAAACAUCACAAUAGAAGACAAAACCGUAAAGCUGCAGCUCUGGGACACAGCAGGCCAGGAAAGAUUCAGAACCAUCACCUCAAGCUACUACAGGAACGCGAACGGGAUUCUUCUGGUUUUUGACAUCACGGACUCGGAAAGCUUCAACGACCUAAAAGGCUGGGUGAACGAGAUCCGAAACAACAUAACAAGCAAGAUCGUGGUGUACAUUCUGGCCAACAAAAUAGACACCGAAACCCCCGCAGUCUCGGACGAGGAGAUCAGCGCGUUCAUAGAGAAGUACAGAACCGACACUCUGAAAAUAAUCGGGCACAGCAAGGUCUCUGCCAAGACUGGGGAAGGCGUAAACGAGGCCUUCCUGCAGACAGCCAAAGCCAUAAUGCAAGAGUCCCCGCCCAGCAAAAAAAGAGAAAGAGUAAAUAUAGAAAGCGACGAAAACGUAAGGGGCUGGUGCUGCAUCGGAUGA